CUCAGCGACGCCAUCCCAACUGUCACACCGCCCAGAAUCCAUUGGCAAGCUCAUGCAACGAUACGACCCCGUAUUUGGUUCCUUGGAAGCAUCCAUUGGACAAGCUCCAUCCAAGAUCAAACACGCUGUCUCGUCGCGCAAGUGGAGGGGCAGCUCCUGAAGCAAAGCAGCAAGAGUGGAGUGCGGGGUUCCCAUGGUUGGCUUGCUCAACUUGCUCCAGGCAGGCGACGCACUCCACUGCGAUCCAUCACUGCCGUCCUCGACUUGACACUCAUCCAGAGCUUCCGGCUGACUUUGAAUCUUGUCCAUUUCCCUCUCCUCUCCGACUUGAUUGUCCCACACACACUCUCUCCAUUAACCGCACAUAUCACCCCGCGAACAACCAACAUGGCAACCACCGAACUCGACCGCGACCCCUCCAAAGCCAUCACCGCCAUCCGCGACGCCCGCCCUCCCGCCACCGACCGCUUCACCUAUCUCACCAUCGUCGAGUCGAACCUCUCCCCAGAGGUCCUCCCAACCCUCAACGAAGUCCUUCAAGAUGCUGGUCUCACGCAAGAAAUCGGCUGGGACCUGGUAUACAACCUCGUCUCCCUCCCCGGCUCGUCAUCAUGCCUCGAAACGAUCGCGCGCCUUGGCAACCCCCGAGAGGUCAUCCUCAAAGUUCUCGAAACACUCGAACUCCUAGGCGAAGAGGAGGGCUACGAAGCAGAUGAUGAAGCUGAAACCACAAAGGAGAAGAAGGAGGGCGGUGUGACAAAAACAGAGAAAUUCAUCACCCUAAUGGGGAUGCUGGCGAUCCUACACGGAAGAAUCAAGACGAAGUAUCCAUCUCGCUUCCUGGCGCAGACGCUGCAGACGGUGCUGGGGGCUUAUGAGGCGGGGAGUGAAGAGAUGACGGCUGCGGUGAUCAAUUUGGUGCAUAGUCUGAGUGGGAAGAGGGCGAGGCCGCCGUUACCGAGCAGGAAGUCUAGCGUGAAUGUGGCCAACUUGGACGCUCGGGGGGAUAGGGGGAAGAAUGCGCCUGAUCCGGAGGCGGAUGAUGGGAAGGAGGGCGAGGCAAAGACGGAGGAUCCGGAUGAGACGGAGCUGCAGCAGAAGCUGUUGUUGAGUUUUGCCACGUGCGUGUUGGAGAGGUACGCGAAUGGGAAUGAUUUGGCGUGGGCGGGGAGGCUAGUUGAGUUUUAUGAGCCGGAGAGGACUGUGCCGGGGAGGAGGACGUUGAUGGGGGCUUUUAGGGAGGAAGAGGGGUUGUUGGCUAAGGAUGGGAUUGUGGGGAAUUUGGUGGCGCUGAUUGGAGAUCUUGGACUGAGGUCAUGCUCCAGGACGUUCUUGAAGCAUGUGUGUGAAGGACCUUUACAUGAGAAUCCGCUGGCUGGCUCAGAAGACUUUGAGUCAGCAAGCCAGGUCAAGCUCUCUACAGGAGGAGCUGUUUGUCUCGUGGCCUACUGGGUCUUCUCGUCGACAAUCUUUGACGCCGACCACCCACAGCCAGAGAUGAACAUCUUCCCAGACCACUAUGCCGUCCUGGACAAAUUCCUUCAAGAUGAUGCGCAUGCCCAGAUUCAACAGUCGCCAGGCACAGUAGAGGCCCUUGUCACAAUCGGCCUCUGGCUGCAUGCGAACAAGUUUGUCUCGGCGAACCCCAACACACCGCUCACAAAUCCUACAACAUCUCCAGAAGAUCCUACCUCGGAUUUUAUGCGGUAUAUUCACCUCGUCACGCUCAUCGCGCUAUUUCAUCCCAAGCUUCACGUUCGCAACGCAGCCAGCACACUGGCUGGGCAGGUACUCCAUUCUGAUCCAUCAGAUGAUGACCGCUUGAAGGUCUUGUACGAUUUGUUGGAGAAUUGCACAUUCGCCUCGCUCAAAGCGAGAGCGAUCACCUGGCUGAGAGAGGAAUUGAUCGCAGCGUUCACGGCAAAGCUUCACCAAGCAACCGCUUUUUCAACACUGCAGGCUCUGGAAACGGUGCAAUAUGUGGUCUUUCCAAACCUGGACUUUUUGGUGGAGGAUACCAAUCUGGAGGAAGUGGUCGAGUAUCUGGUGACCAACGCACCAUUCCUCAUGCAGGCAGUGAACUUGGGAUUAUUCCUCUGGUCCAGUCCAGAGAAAUGGAACGCCGUGCUGCCAACGAACAUGGAUGCGACGGUCAGGCAGCGCUGGUUUGAGCCGCUGCUAGAAAGCAUCGAGAGGGUUCAAAAGGAGAGCAAGAGCUCUGAUGUAGAGUUGGGGCCGUUGGAGGGUGAACUGGCCGUGUUGAAGGGGAGGUUGGAGGAUCUUGCUGCGAAGGAAGGAUUCACUGGUGGGAAGGGUGUAUGA